AUGCGCUUCCGGGUCGCCCACUGAUUGCUGCUGGGGACAAAAAGGGGCAGAUGUCGGGACAGCAUGUACCACAGUGUGUUCGGCGCGGGAAUCUGGGUGAGGACGGUGCACACGGCGCUGACGUUGGCUGUCGCUCUGAUACUUUGCCUUCACGACACCGAUCUUUGGUAUGAGGAGAAACGUUGGCGGGCGCUUCAGCCGCUGGGUUUUGUGUUCUUAGUGCUGUGUUCCACAGGCUUGUACUACGUGGUAUCCCUGAUGGACCCGGGGUACGUGCUCUCCGACCCUGAUGAGAAGCCUCUUGCACCAAGCGAAGAACAGGAGGGUCUGAUUCCCGGGACUCCUAACCCUAUUAAUCCCAGGCGCUGUGGAUACUGCUUGCUGAAGCAGCCAAUGAGAGCGCGGCACUGCAAGUGUUGCCAGCGCUGUGUCCGGAGGUACGACCACCACUGCCCGUGGAUAGAGAACUGCGUGGGAGAGAAAAACCACCCCCUGUUCGUCCUGUAUCUCUGCGUCCAGCUCGGGGUUCUGCUGUGGGCUUUCCGCCUAGGCUGGUCUGGCUUCCACUUUGAAGCUACAUGGAACCAGUGGUUCACCGAGAACGUCGUCCUGCUCCUGGCAUUCGCUGUGAUCAGCGUUUUCACGGUCGUGGUGGCUCUGCUCCUCGUCUGCCACCUUUAUCUCAUCUCCUGCAACGUCACCACCUGGGAGUUUAUGUCCUUCCAUCGGAUCUCUUACCUUAAACACUGCGACUCGGACACAAGCCCCUUUGACGAGGGCGUUAUCCGUAACACGUGGAGCUUCUUCUGCGCGUUUGGAAGCGUGGCCUGGGAAAGGGUUUAUUCGCGAGACGCAUACGUCACGGUUUAAAAUAAAAACUAAUUAAUGUAACCUUAUCCUCUGAAACAAAACAGGCGCUGGACGUAUAAAAUGCUGGUUAGGGGCUGCGAUAAGCAUUUACCAUCUGUCGUUUACAUGUAUGGACCCAAAAGGUCAAUAAGCCAUGCCCCGGACAGCUUCUUCUAUAAAACUUGGCUGAGAAGCUUACACUCAAAACACAGAAUCAUGGUGAGGCAUUAUACGUUUCUUUUCCUUAUACCUAAUCUGUUCAUGCGCCUUUUGUGGUAAUAAUGAAGUACUGUAAAUAAAUUAGUUUUCUACUAAUAA